AUGAAGCCUCUCUGUGUGCUUGAAUAUAACAAAAAGAUGGGGGCAGUGGACAAGGCUGACAUGAUGAAAGGCUUUUUUGACUGUACCAGAAAAACCACCAAAUGGUACAAGAAAGUCUUCUUUCACCUCCUUGACACUGCAGUACUGAACAGCCACAUUAUCCACCGCCAACUUACAGGAAAAGUCAUCACAUCCCUGCAAUUCAGGAUGAACAUGAUGAGAGGACUGCUGGAAGAGCACAGCACACCUCGGUGUCCAUCCAAAGCAGGCCAUCCUGUCUUGCGUCUGACAGCUAGGCAUUUCCCCUCCGAAGUCCCUCAGACAGCUUCCCAGGGCAGCAGGACCAGGCGGCACUGCAAGGUCUGCCUAUCCAGCACUCGCAGGACAAAGCAGAGGCGCCUCAGCAAAUUCAUGUGUGUGCCAUGCAACACUCCCUUGUGUGUUGCCCCAUGUUUUGAGUACCACACUCUGAAGCAUUACUGAGAACUGUGAAAUAAAAUAAGCAAAUUUUAAUUAAUAGUUGUAAUUGUUAUGAAAUUUGUAUUAGUUAUUGUUAUAUUUCCAUUGUUAUUUAUUGUAAAUUGUGUAUUUUUUCCUUAUAAUUGGUUUAUUAUCUAUAAAAUGUGUGCAUUGCUGGCUUUUGUUUACCACAAAUGCAAUGUUAUUGAAUGUAAUGAAUGCUUUUUAGUAGCUGUUAUGGUUAUGUUGCUUGUAUUUAUUAAAAUAUUUAUAUUGUUAUUCAUUAUAUUGAUAUUUAUUUUAAAAAUAUAUUAUCUAUAAACAAAUGCAUAUGAAAAGCAUAGAUCAAUAGAUACAAUUAAAUAAAAUCAAAUUUUUAGAAUAAUGCUAAUACUGAACUUAUCUCUUGUCUCUCACAGAGCAAAGAUACAUGUUUUUUGACAUCUUGUGGCUAUUUCUCUAUAUUCCAUAUAUACUCUAACACAUUUGAGCAUCUAAUGGUGAUGAAAGGAAAUGGUGUGACUAUACUGCAUUACAAAUGUCAAACAUAGUAACUAUGCCAACACAGAAACAAAAAUGGCUCAAACUUUU